AUGACUGUCCAAACGACCACCAUGCAGCCAACAAAGCGCCAGCACAGCUCAGGCUCUCUUGACAGCUUUCAUCCAAUCAUGAGCAGCGUGUUCGUGACUUGGCCAUUAUGGGUGGGUAUCACCAAGAAUCUAUCACUCAAGACCAUGCUGACACUAGCAGUCGCCGAACGCGGUGUUGUUUUCUUCCGUGCCCAAGAUAAUCUUACAAACGAUUUACAAAAAGAGCUGAUCCUACGCAUGGGCGAGUUGACCGGUCGCCCGUCCACUCAUGGCCUGCACAUUCAUCCCGUCACCAAUGAUGCACGCGAAUUCGGUGACCCAGAUCCUCAAAUCAGCACUAUCAACUCCGAAGGCCGUAAAACCCUCUAUAAGGGAUCCGACUACACCAAGAUGGCGGCAGUCUGGCACAGCGACAUCUCGUUUGAGAAAGCUCCCGCGGAUUUUUCGAGUCUCCGACUGGUGCAGUUGCCCAAAACUGGGGGUGACACGCUUUGGGCCUCUGGUUAUGAGAUCUAUGAUCGCAUCAGUAAGCCAUACCGGGCGUUCCUGGAGACUUUGUCAGCCACACAUGCAGGUGUCGGCUUUAUGAGGUUGGCUCAGACGGGCAAGUUCCAUUUGUAUGAAAAGGAACGUGGAGCCCCCGUCAAUGUUGGUGGGGACCUAACGGCUGUUCAUCCGGUCGUAAGGACAAACCCGAUUACAGGAUGGAAAUCGAUUUUCCCUAUCGGUAAGGCACAAUCUCCGUGUUGUAUCGAUGGGUUGACUCGCAGAGAGAGCGCCAGCAUGCUGCAGUCCGUUUCAAAUGGAACAGCCCUAAUGACAUUGGUAGGUGUCUAUGUACCCUAUAUUUUACACUGUGAACUGACUGGUCUAGCGAUCUGGGACAAUCGCAGCGUCUUUCAUACCGCGACGGGCGACCAUGAAGGAUUCGGCCCACGAAGUGGUAACCGGGCUGUGGGAGUGGGCGAGGUUCCGUACUUUGAUCCCAGUAGCAAAUCGCGCAGAGAGGAUUUGGGAAUUGAAGGUGACCUUGCUCCCUGUCAUUGGUAG